AUGGUGGCGCGCGCUCUGUUCAGCGGCGGGGGAACCAGAUGGUGGCGUGCCGGCGAGCAAGGCGGGGGUCUGCGGUGCGGCGUCCGCGGGUGGUUCGACUUCGGGCGGAGGCGUGCUGGCGCGAAUCCGCCCAGGUCUGGCAGGGCCCAUUUGGUACACGGGGUUUCGGCGGCCCAACCCCCACUGACCCCCUCCAACAUCCUCCUUUCCACGCGGUUCAGAGCCCUCGAGGGGGGACGCGCGGAUUUGGGGAGGAAACGACACCGCGCCGCCGCCCGCUCACAGUGCCGCCACCCGACUCCUCCUCAACGCGCCACCGACCAACUCAUCGACGCCUACGUACCUCCUCCGCCGGCUUCUCCCCGAUGGUUGUGGCAGAUAUAUUGUUCACCCUGCUUCAUCCAGGCUGCUUCUGGAACUGUGGGAAGAAUGGAAGACUUGGCUGCUUGUGAGACGAUGGGCUGGCUGAGUCCGAGCAGUGAACUACUAGGAAGAGGAACCCAUAAGCAUCUAGAUGGAUGGAGAGGCUAUCAUCUGAGCAGUCAUCCAUUACCCAGCUUAAGCUAAUACAGGUUACACUCCAAACAGACCUGGCAAGUGAUUGUCUCUCUGUAGAUAUUAUAUAGGCAAUAUUCUGCCAAAGCUUAGAAAAUAUAUAUUAUCCCAAGUUUGGUGUAUAUUCAUUUUUAUUUGCAUUCGUUUAUGUUGAUAAUUACGGUCAGAUGCUCGUUUAGUUGCACAUGUUUGUCUUGAGGAAUCGUGCUUAUAAACAUUCUUUAUACCUUGUAUUGUACAAGUCGUCAUCAGUCACUCGAUUGAUUAGGUGGAUGUUUGUUUCUAGUGAUCCAGUCUGAAUGAUUAUGUAUCAUCUUACAUGCCUGUUCCGAGUUUUCCUUUGCCUGAAUCAUAAUCAAUUAACGGAUAAGAUCUUACACAGUUUGUUUCUUGUUCUGUAUCCUAUUCCAAGUUGGUCUGUACUGCUUUUGUUGGAGAAGACAUGAAGAUGCAGUACUACUAUGGAAAUGUCUAACUUUUUGCCAAUAAGAUUGUAGUUCUCAUAUGAUUCUCUUGCUGCUAUUGAGUGAUCCUUCAUAUUGUGGCUGUAUGUGUUCUCUGGUUUAUAAAGGUCAUAGUGAUUAUUUUUGUGGAGUCCCCCUUGUUAGUUUAUUUUUUCAGGUUACAUCCUCAACUAAGAUUUGGUAAGUAGCCAUAUCCUAUCUUCUCGGCAAAUACUCGACCGAUUCUUUUUGCCAUUCACCUGAGAAAGGCGCAUUAAUACUAACCUCUUGCUAUGAUCUUGAAUUUUUGCAGUGCAAGUGGCGGACAUUUAGCUAGUGGUACAUGCCUUGCCGAGCUCCCCGACGGAUAGUGCCUGACUUGCAAGCACGUCGGAGGCUUUGUCCACGGUCUUGCAGUGGACGAUAUUAUUUGGUCGGCAAUGAUAAAGUUUUCCCACAAUGGCUGCCAGAGCGAGUCAUCUAGCACGAGCUUGACGAUCACCACCGUGCUUCUACACUUCUGUAGCAACAUGAUUAGUUUUACGUGUGGAUUCUACCUGUAGCAAGUUUUUCUAUUAUGAUGUUGUUUUGCUUGUAAAGAUUGGAUUUUUGGAUGUC